CUAUGUUGUCAGUUCAGCAAAUGUCAGUUUAUAACCUCAAUCUGUGUGUGAUAUGACAUUGAAAUGUGCAAUGUGAUUUUGAGAGAGUUGGCUUAGUUUAUGCAAUACGUUGUAAAGAUUGAACGUAUCUACUAAUUUUGGUGUGAAUAUCUUUGAAAGGUGAUUUAAAAACAAAAUUUUUCGAGCAUCUCGAUGAACGAGCAAAUUGUGUCGAGUUUUCAUCCUAAUAUACAGCCAUUCGUGAAGGAAUUACUCGUAAAUGGAAAUGUUGACAUGGAUAUUACAGGUAUUGGUGGCGGAAAUUUGAAGAUAGCAGAAGUGCAGUCAGGAAGACCCACUAUUGAAACAUCGGGAAGUGGAGAUAGAUUCAAGUUAUCCAUACCCUUUGCUGGGCAAUUCAUUUCAUGGGAGAUAAUAUUUAAUAGUUAUCGUAAAAAUUACCCUCCCGAUUUUACUUUUAAUGAUGAAACAUUUUUGUCUGAUCCAGACGUUGAUAUUCUAGAAAAACAUCUCCCUAGUUUGGCUAAUUGGAAUAGCCAGGAUCCAAAAGCUCUGUAUUAUGUUAUCUCAGAGUUGCUUGUGUUGUACAGGAAGCAUCAGGUUAAUCUGCUUGAUGAAUUAGAUUAUUCCAGAAUUCAGUUUGAAUAUUUGUCAUUGGUACGUCAAGCACAAGUGAGUGAAGAUGAUGUCGAAGUUCUCGUGGGUAAUAGAAAUAAAUCACGAUUUUUAUGUGGAGCAGUAAAUUUCUUAAUAAGGCUGAAAGUGGACUUUUCUGGAUUGCCACCGGUUUUGAGUACUGAAAAUCCUGGCGAAAAUGUUGCAAUAUUGUUAGUGACAUUUCACUCUCCAGAAGGCAGUCGCAUUACUCCUCAACUUCAUUUGUCUCCUGGUGUUGAAAAAGCAUUAGGAGGGGCAGGAACAUUACAAUUACCUCCUUUCCCUCCUGAUGGAAGUUGCUUGAUGGACUAUGUACCUAUUGUAGUUGAUCAACUUCAAGAACGCGUUGCCAAUGUAACACAGUGUUAUGAGAAGAAAAAAGAAUACUUAGCUGCCCUCUUUUACCAUCUGGAAAAGAGUAUCCUGGAAUAUGAUGGUGUAACCUUCUCGCAUGCCUCUUUCAUGUUGGAGCGACGAGACUUUUACUUUCUUUUACAUGUAACACUACCUCUUUAUUUUCCAAAAGAGAAACCAACAUUUCAGUUUCAGUCUGUAUACCAUGCUCGGUAUGGCAAUCCGUACCAAACACGUUGUGAUGAUUAUCCUUUUAGCCCACGCUGGGAUAUUAGUGAAAUGGUUGAACGUGCAUGUCAGUUCAUUACAGAAUAUGCUGAAAUAUUCCAGAAAAACUCUAUUCAGAGUGUGCAUAAUUAAUUAUGUACAUGUAUGCCUAAUGUACAAUUAGACUGAUUUUUGUGACUUAUUUGAACUCUCAAAAAAGCACUUUUCCCAUUCCUGUUGUAUGUAAUGAAGGUAUUUUUACAAUAACUUCAUGCAUAGGGAGUUUAGUAUGUGUUCCUUAUACUGAAGCAAGCUUAGUGCAAGUUACUUACAAAAUCUUUUUAUUUUGACUGUAGUUACAAGUUAUGUAUUAUGAUAUCCAUUCCAAGGAAAAUGAAAGAUCUAUUUGAAAAUACUAUUUGUUCCAUAAUUUUUAUUUUUUGUAUAAAUCACUUGCUUGUUAAACUAUUUCGUGAACAGUUUUGAAACUGAUGUAAAAGUGGGAAUUGAUUUCAUAAUACACGUUUGAGAGUUUCAAAGUACCAAAAUUGUAAAUUGAUAUUAAUAUACAUUAGUGUGUUCUCAAACUCUUUCCUUAUGUAAAACACCUGAAUGCUUUAAGUAACCCUUUUAAUUAUUCAGGGUCCAUUGUCAGUGGUCUGGUGGGCUUUGCAUGCCCCAUGGUUACCAUUGUCUUUAAUAUGAAAAUAUACAUUACCAGUGGUUGUCAAAAUAAAGGAGACU